AUGUCUGAACAAGAGCGUAUCCAGGAAUGCCUGAGGAAAGAAAUAAGGUCACUUCUCAUCUCCACCAAAGAUGGUUUGACCCCACAGCAGUUGGAAAAGGAGUACCUUUUGAUGGUUGGCAGCCAUUUACCACUCCGGGUUCUUGGAUAUCGGUCCACUAUGGAGCUGGUGUUGGACAUGCCUGAUGUUGUCACUGUCUGCCCUUGUGGGGAUGGUACUGUAAUACUGAAAGCCAUUCCAGAUGAAUCCACCAAAGGAAUAGCAAGUUUAGUUGCAAAACAGAGGAGCAACCAUAAGGUUCGAAAUUCCAUGCCAAGGGGAAGGGCCAGUGUUUGCUCUGGGCCGAGCUCCCGUCGUCGGCGAGUACCUUACCGGGGAAGGGUGCCUCCCAUUCUUCCAGCUGUUGUGAAGAGUGAGUUGAAAGACCUGUUGGCGUUAUCUCCCGUUCUCCUUUCUGAUUUUGAAAAGGCAUUUUCCAGGCGAUUUGGACGUUCAUUCCAGUAUGUACAGUAUGGAUUCCUCUCUAUGUUCGAAGUACUUAAUGCUGCUUCAGAUGUCAUUUCAGUAGAGCAGACCAGAGCAGGUUCUUUGUUGAUGCUAAGGAAGAGCGUAACAGAGGAAAAGCAGAGAGGAUGGCCAGCAGGAGGUAAAAUGUUUACCCAGCCUUUUAGAAUGAAACAACAAAGGUCCUACCCUACAGUCUCCCCAGUCACAAAGGCACGCUUUUCGCAACCCACUUCAAACUUGGAACCACCGAAGCAAAUACUGAACGUGGAAAAUACUUUUAAGUCAAAUGUGGUAGAGACUUCAAGGCUGAAUCACGCUGAAAAAUUAAACCAGUUGGAGAACACAUUCAAAUCAGUUAUUGCACAAAUUGGGCCUGGAGGGACUAUCAAUCCAGAACUAAAACAUAAGAUAAAAUUGGUUGUAUCCAAAUUUCCAGAGGGUUUGCUUAUUUCUAAACUUCUUGGAGAGUUUGAGAUAAUCUUUAAAGAGCAACUUUCACCAAAAAAAUUGGGCUUCUUAAAUGUGACAGAACUCGUUGGAGCUCUUAGUGACAUUCUGCGUGUUGAGUUCAGGGAAGGAGAACAAGACUUACUGGUGUUUGAUGCUGAUAUGAAGCCACUCCCACCUGAUGAACCCAUUUCAUCAGUCAAAAAUUCAUGUUUAGUUCAAUCAGAUAAGAAAAUAGAAGUCAAAGCUUGUGUCUCCAGUCCCCCUAGAAAUUCACUGUCUACUGCUGCUAUCAAGGAGACUGCCUGGGAUUGUCUUCCUAAAAACCCUAAAGAGCCAGAAAAGAAGAUUUGCAAAAAGCCUAAUCUGGUGGUAAAGCCUUUACAGCUGCAAGUGGAAGUUGAUAAGUCACAGCUCAGCCUGGCAAUUGCAAACCAUGAUAUCCCACCAGAUGCUGUACGGGACAAGAAAUUAUGCAGACUGCCACCAUUAGAUACCAGUACCCUUGUGGGGGUCUUUGUGGAGUAUAUCAUCUCUCCUAGUCAAUUCUACAUCCGAAUCUAUAGCAGGGAUUCAUCAGAGUUACUUGAAGACAUGAUGAUUGAAAUGCGGCGCUGCUAUUCCAAUCAGCUGGUUUCUGAUCGAUAUGCCAUGCCGGAGUAUUUUAUCCAGCCGGGACAUCUCUGUUGUGUCAGGAUUUCUGAGGAUAAGUGGUGGUAUCGGGUCAUUAUCCAUCAAGUCCUCGGGAAACAGGAAGUUGAAGUAUUCUACCCAGACUUUGGAAAUAUUGGAACUGUUCAGAAGUCCUCCCUAAGGUUUCUCAAGUGCUGCUACACAAAGCUCCCGGCUCAGGCCAUUCCUUGUUCCUUGGCUUGGGUGAGACCAGUACAGGAACACUGGACAUCCAGAGCUAUUUUGCAGUUCCAGAAGUUGUGUGGUUUGAAGCCAUUAGUGGGGGUAGUGGAUGAAUAUGUAGAUGGAAUCCUUAACAUUUUUCUCUGUGAUACAUCCUCAAAUGAAGACAUCUACUUCCAUCAUGUCUUGAGAACAGAGGGCCAUGCUAUUGUAUGCCGAGAAAACGUCCCUUCUAAGGGUUUCAGAGAACUCAACCCUUUAGCUUUAUAUACUAAGUCUGAUGCAGGACCAGAGGACGUGGUCCUGACAGAACUGGGUUAUCCUUCCCAGCAACGCUAUUUUAACAAAGACCGAGAGAUAAGUCCACAAUCAAAGGAGAGUGAGUUAUAUACCCUGCAGGAUAUUAAUGACGAAAAGGCUUUCAGUCACCUUAAAUCUGAGUUAAAGGAGCCAUUAAAGGAUUCUGAAUUCAGUUCUUUGAAAACCCAAGAUAAGAGCUGUGGAGAAGAUCCCAAGUGGUCCUUCCCAGAGCUGAAGGAUCUGAAGGAAGAAAAUGAGGAUGAGAUCCCCACUGGAAUGCCAUGCCUAGAAUCAGUGACUAUUGGUGAUGAUGUUUGGGAUGAGAACUGGCUACCUUUUCAGGCUAAAAUAGGAAAAGGGGGUGAUGCUGCCUCCCACUUAUUUACCUCAAGCCUUGGUGGAAAGAAGCCUUAUCCGUCAUGUGAGGAAAUGCCGCAGAAGGAUUGGUGCUUUUCUAAACCCAAAGAUACAUGGGAUGAUUCAUGGCAGCCUUCAGGCCUUGUGAAUGGAAUGAAAGUAGAAGCUCAAAAGCAAGAGGGACUGAGUGCUCAGGAGAAAAAUACUGGCACAACCAGAAUUCAAAAGCAGCCAAGCUCAGAGAGUUCUUCAGACUCUUCCACAUUGCCCAAAUUGGAAGAGUUCUACAUCUCUCUUAUCCAGUCACAGCAGUCAGCAGAAGGGAGCCAGUUUGAGCCCAGCAGCACUCAGACUCAGGCAAAGCAAACCCAGCUACCCCCAGCAGCCUUCAGCGCAACCCCUACGGGGAUGGAUUCCCCAGAAAAACACGCUGGUUCAGUGGAGAGCUCUCCAGAGCGCCUGAAGAAUGAUUUUUCUAGUAGCCAUGCUAUUACAGUGUUCAAAGACAAGAGUCACGGAGCCAUGGACCAGCUGUCUUUGAUUUUGUCUCCUGAGCACCACAUCUCCCAGAAGCUCUACAUUCCCCGGAGUACAGCCACUGCCGCCUUAGGAGCUGCUGCGCGGCUGGCCACAUCCAGGAGCCUCCUACAUUGGUAUCCCAGUGUGAAAAGGAUGGAAACUUGA